GGAGAUUCGAAUUUCAUAAAACUUGACGAUAUUUUCGUCUGAUCGGGGUAAUAAAUCGUCGGAGAAACGAUCGAAUCGAUUUUCCGGAACUCGGAGAGACGUGAGGAGGAGGUCGGCUUUUGGGAAGUUGGUUGUAACAUUCGAACAGCUUAUGAAAUAUAUCCGUGAGUUCGUCCGAUCGCGCGGCGCGUUAAUUUUCAAGGGCCCUCGAUCGGGGGUCGACAAAGGUUGGCGCCCCGACGCGUAACGCCCGCAGGGGGAAAUAAUCGCCGGACUUGCGAAGGUCUUCCACGAGCUGUAUCGUAACGUCGAAACCUCAGCGGUAUAUAAGAACUCUCGGUACCGACGAACAGCGUUCACUCCAGCCAAGAAUUAUACCGCAGAUAAUUCCCGUCGAUAUUCCGUCGAUCCGCGACAACGUUUAUCGAUUUUUUCGGGAUAAAAAAGGAAUUGAGAAGAAAAAAAAGAAGAAGAGAAGCGGACGAUCAUGAAGACCUCGAUAAUGGCUGUAGGAUUUCUCCUGGCAAUCGGAGCGCUGAAAAUUCACGCUGCACCUCAGAUACACGUGAACCCGGAAACUCCGUACGCUCAUCCCGCUGUCCUGAUAAAUUCCGCCAUGGAAUCUCACUUGCCGGAGGAAUUGCGUAAUCCAUUUUACAAAAAUCCGAGGAUAGCCAAAGGCUUGGCGAAGGAAUCGUGGUUCGGAAACAAGGAAAUGCAGGUUUUGGAACGUGAGGCGGAAAAAAUACCGAGAGAAAAAAUUUACAGCGUACUCCACAACGCGGGACUCGCCCGGAGGAGAUAAAUCUGCGAUUCGAUCGCCAGCCGUCGAUUGAGAAGCAAAUGAAAAAGACAAUCGAGUGAAAUGUGAUAUGCAAUAGAGACGAAAAAGAAGAAUGCGUGAUUGACAUUUGUGCGUUGGUGUCUAUUGAUUCGUUACACUGUUAUAUUUAUUGUAUUUAACCGUUGCGAGUGAAGUCCCGAUCGAAUGUGGAAUGACCGAAGUGUGAACGAGCACGACGAGGUGAGGCGACGUGUUUGUCGAGAGAAAUUCGAAUGAGAUCAAAUAAAGAGAU